AUGGUCCUCCUUGUCGCCGGCAUUCAGAUGGGGUGUGUGGCAGGUGAGGGCCUGUUGUUGGAGUAUUCCCAGCGCGAGCCAAUGGAGUCCCGAGGGAAGAUGAAGGCGGAGUUCACCAUGAUCACCAUGGCAGGUUCCCUGGCUUCUGCCGGUUUUGUCGGUGUGUUCAUGAACGGCAAGGAGUACUUGGGCACGUUCGACUGGGGCAUGUCCUUCCGAAGCCUGAUGGCCGUGUGCUUCGUGAUCGCGACCGCCUUUAUCCCUCUAAGCCUUUGGUGCGUCAAGGAACCCAAGAAGGUGGCCCCCGCAUCGUGCUUGUCAAGCGUAAAAUCUUCAUGGAAGCUGAUCAAGAACAAAGGCCUGUCCGCCGUGCUGAUCUUCGCCUUCAUCAUGCAGUUCUUUUCCACCAUCUCGACAACUGCAGGGCCCAUGGUUCGCAGCCAGUGGGCUGAGGUGAAGGUCUUGCAGCAGCAGAUGUUCCUCAUGGGCACCAUGUUGGUAAUGAUGUUGGCAACUUGGGUCUACAAGGAGUACUUCCUCAACACCUGCUGGCGCAAGGCGAUUCUGCUUGCAGUCUUCGGCCUGACCAUCUCGGACUCCGUCCCAACUUUCCUCACCGUGUUCAAU